AUGUCAGGAUUCCCUGCAAAUAUACGUAGUAUGUUGGGAAGCUUACAUGGGUUUGGUGGUUUGAUGCCUCAAGAUCCCGAUUCUCCGAUUCCAGAUACAUCAGAACAAGUUUACAUUUCAUCUUUGGCUCUACUUAAAAUGUUAAAGCAUGGAAGGGCAGGGGUUCCUAUGGAAGUUAUGGGAUUAUUAUUAGGUGAAUUUAUAGAUGAUUAUACAGUACGAGUUGUUGAUGUAUUCUCUAUGCCACAAUCAGGCAACAGUGUUAGUGUAGAAGCAGUUGAUCCUGUAUACCAGACUGAUAUGUUAGAGAUGCUAAAGCGUGUAGGUAGAUCUGAACUAGUUGUAGGAUGGUACCACUCACAUCCUGGCUUUGGAUGUUGGUUUUCAGGUACAGAUGUAAGUACACAGCAGAGUUUUGAGCAAUUGAACUCUCGAGCAGUAGGUAUUGUUGUAGAUCCUAUUCAGUCUGUUAAGGGAAAAGUGGUUAUUGAUUGUUUUCGUUUAAUUAGUCCUCAAUCUGUUAUAGCAGGUCAGGAACCACGUCAAACCACAUCAAAUAUUGGUCAUUUACAGAAACCGUCAAUUACAGCUCUUGUACAUGGGCUUAACAGAAACUAUUAUUCUAUAGCAAUAAGCUAUCGUAAAAAUCAACUAGAACAGAAAAUGUUACUUAACUUACAUAAACCUAGUUGGUCUGUUCCACUAUGUUGUAUUGAUCAGGAAAGUUUAAAUAAAGACUCAUCAAGUAUAAUGAGGCGUAUUGCUGAGACUAGCAAACAUUACCAUUCUUCUGUUUUACAAGAACUAAACAAAACGUCUCAAGAACUUGAAUUGGAAAAUGUAGGUAAAAUAGAUCCUAAGAAGAGAUUAGAUACAGAUGUAGAGACUUUACUUACUGAAAAUAUUCUACAGUUAUUACGUUCAAAUGUAGCUUCUGUAGCAUUCUAA